CACCUACUUAAUUACGUUAGCAAACACUUAGAAAAAAGUUAAAAGCCUAUAAAAGUUAUUAAUUAAGCAAUUUUUCCCUAAGCUCUUCAGUAUUCUUUACAAAAUAGGUCAAUCAGCCUCUCGUCCAUUAUUAAAUGCAGACGUAAACAGAAACCUACGCUUCAUUCAAGUACCUAGACCGCAGCCAGUCAAUCGGCCAUCACUGCGCAAGCCCGACCUCCCAUGCGCGCGUCGCCUGCCAAUACUGCACUGAAUACAUUCAGUUUAGUUACCUUCCCCAACAUGGAUUGACAAGUGCUCGCAAAAUGAGAGGCGGCAGCUCUGAACGACUGGUCGUGAGGCCGUCUCGCCGCCGAGGCGAGACUCGAGCCACCCUAACCAGAUACAUAACUGUGAUGCUCGCAACGCUACUCGGCGGAGGAGCUUCUGCGUUACUAUUCCUCGUUCCAUUAUACGCAGAUCCUGCACUGAGCGCUCUCGCUGCAGACUUCGACCCGGUCCCCGCAGACUGCGUCACCGAAAGACGCGACGACCGCUUAGGACUCGAUAACUGCACCUGGGCAUCAUGCAGAGAAGGCUGCACCAGCGACGCGUACAAAUGCACGCAGCUUCACGUGAAGUACAAGGCGUAUUCCGAAGAUUGGCGUCCGGCAGUGUUAUUCGUUAACAUAAAGGGCUGCGGGUAUCCGCCGUCGGUUGACUGCGACAAUUUCACGACGAGCUAUGGGUAUGUGGGUGCGAAGUACAAGUGCUACUGGUCGAGGGCGGACCAUAGUGUGGUGGUGCCGCGAUGGUCGCGAGGCGAGCAAGUGGCGACGGUGACGAGGACCCUGGCGCUUCCCCUGUUCCUGUCUGGCUGUGCAGGGAUUGGUCUUUGCGCGCUGCACUGCGAGUGCAGGCCACGCAGACGUCGUCGCCCCCCACGCCGCCCCCCGCGCGUUCCCACGCUCUCCCCAGAUGACACAUCGGUCUACCGUCUAGCUUAAUCAAAAACAAAAAAAUGAGUGACUAUUUUAUUACCAGCACACAUAGUAUGUUCGGUUUUGAUGAGAAUGUAAUGUAAAUA